AUGAUGAAUGAUUAUUUUACACCUGGAAAUGGUUAUACCUCAAGACAAUUCAAACAACGUCUAAGCAUGAGGGAAGAGUUAUUCGAGAAAUUGUUAGGAAAACUGCUUGAAGUGGAUCCAGAAUGGCAUCAACAUCCGGAUGCAACCGGUACUAUGGGGCAUUAUCCAUAUAUGAAAUUAGUUGUCGUGAUGAAAUGUUUAUGCAAAAGUAUGGCAGCUGAUAGUGUUGAAGAUUACACUCGUAUGAGGGCCACGACAAUAUACUAUUAUCUAAAAAGAUUUUGCCACACGGUUUGCAUAACUUUUGGAGAAAGAUAUUUGCAUGAACCCACUUCUGGAGAUGUUCAGAGGUUUCUAGCUAAGAAUACGGAACGAGUAUUUCCAGGAAUGCUUGGUAGUAUUGAUUGUAUGCAAUGGUCAUGGAAGAAUUGUCCGAUAGCUUGGCAAGGAACUUACCAGGGUAAAGAGAAACAUAGUUCUAUGGGUGUAGCACCUUCAUACAAUUAUGUCGUCAACGGUCACCAAUACCAUAUGAGUUAUUUCUUAGUCGAUGGUACCUAUCCAAAGUUGACUACAAUUGUACAAGCUUUCAGUCAGACAUUGGACAUUCCCGAGUAUGUGAGAUUCAAUAAGUAUCAAAUGACUAAAAGAAAGGAUGUCGAGCAUGCUUUUGGAGUGCUUCAAGAUCUUGUCAAGCACAUUGUUGCGCGUCCUGGUAGAGGAGGCCAGGCAGGGGACUUUUCUAGUUUGGAGGGUUCAGAUAUGGAAUACGUGGUACUUCCAUCAUCAGAUGAAGAUUAUGAUGAUACAUACUUAGAAGAAGAAGUUGUUCCUGGUCAAAACGAGGAUGGUGCAUUUGAUUAUUAUGGGGAUUACAAUGACCAAAUCCCAGAUGACUUUGAACAUGCAGAUGAACAUGUUUAUGCAGACGGACAUGUAGAAGACGAAUAUGAACAUGAUGGAGAUGACCAUGAGGAUGAUGACGAUGAUGAGGAUGAGGAUGAGGAUGCGUACGAUGAUACUUGA